UUGCGCCUUUCUCCGAACAGUCAGGAACGCUUAACUUUCACCGCUGACUUUGGGUACUGGAUUGGACCAGUUUUUUUGAGAACGAGGAAUACACGUUGUACAUUUUUUAAGGACCUAGCCUACUGAGUUACAUUCACCUAUCCUUUUUAUCCAAGCGGAAAGAAUUUCCUUUAGGCUGAAUUUCAUGAACACGGUCAGCGUACGGUCCUCAGGUGUUCCAAGGACCGUUCGCACAGGGAACUUAAACACUUUCAACUGGAGACGGAGGCGAACAAUUUCUCGGAAUUUGUUGACUUAUUCGAUGACAUAUAAAGCUGGACUCAAAGUUAUUUUUGGAGAGUUGUAACAAUCAGAGUUCUGUGAUCCUGUGUGAGUGACUGGAGACUGGUUCACCAUGCUGCUGGCCAGUCUGUGGACGCUCCACACCCUCCUGGUGCUGUCUGUCAGAGCCCUGGGCAUCACCAACGACCCCCAUGCUGCACCCCGGGUCUUCAUCUCCUUCAAAGAGUUGAGGUCCACCGGCACCGCCCAUCACUUCUCCUACCUCCUCAACACGUCGGACUACCGGAUCCUGCGUAUGGACGAGGACCACGACCGCAUGUACGUGGGCAGCAAGGACUACAUCCUGUCUCUGGACCUGCACGACAUCAACAAGGAGCCUCUCAUACUCCACUGGCCAGUGUCCCAACAGAGGAAGACAGAGUGCAUUCUGAGUGGCAAGGAUACCAAUGGGGAGUGUGGGAACUUCAUCCGUCUGAUUGAGCCUUGGAACAGGACCCACCUGUACGUGUGUGGAACUGGUGCCUACAAUCCGAUCUGCACCUAUGUCAACCGUGGACGCAAACCUCAGGCUGCCCUGCACCUGCAGAUGCCCCAGAGCGGAGGGAGGGCUAGCCGCGCGGCAGAAGCCCACGCUGUGUCCGAGACAUUGGGACUGAAGGAAUACAUAUUCCAUUUGGAGCCAGGCAGAGUGGAUUCUGGGAAGGGAAAGUGCUCCUACGACCCUAAGCUCAACAGCGUGUCCGCGCUGAUCAAUGGUGAACUCUACGCGGGGGUCUACAUUGACUUCAUGGGAACAGACUCAGCCAUCUUCCGUACCAUGGGCAAACAGACGGCCAUGCGUACAGACCAGUACAACUCCAGAUGGUUGAAUGACCCCUCGUUCAUCCACGUGCAACUCAUCCCUGACAGUGCUGAGAGGAACGAUGACAAACUGUACUUCUUCUUCCGGGAGAAGUCCUCUGAGAUGGGCCAGAGUCCUGUGACCCAGGCUCGCAUCGGACGCAUCUGUCUGAAUGACGAUGGUGGUCACUGCUGUCUGGUCAACAAGUGGAGCACGUUCCUGAAGGCCCGGCUCAUCUGCUCCGUUCCGGGGGCGGACGGGAUCGAGACGCACUUCGACGAGCUCCGAGAUGUUUACAUACAACCGACACAGGACACCAAGAACCCUGUCAUCUAUGGAGUAUUUUCUGUCUCUGGCUCGGUGUUCAAGGGCUCUGCGGUGUGUGUCUACUCCAUGGCUGACAUCCGGCAGGUCUUCAACGGACCCUUCGCCCACAAAGAAGGUCCUAACUACCAGUGGGUGGCCUACACUGGGAAGAUCCCCUACCCUCGUCCUGGGACGUGUCCUGGAGGCACGUUCACUCCUAACAUGAAGUCUACUAAGGACUACCCAGACGAGGUCAUCAACUUCAUGAGGAACCACCCCACCAUGUACAACGCCGUGUACCCAGUGCACAAGCGCCCCCUGGUGGUCCGCACCAACGUUGACUACGAGUUCACCACCAUCACUGUGGACCAGGUGGCAGCUGCAGAUGGCAAUUAUGAAGUGCUUUUCCUGGGGACUGACAGGGGGACAGUGCAGAAGGUGAUUGUCCUUCCCAGAGAUGAUCUGCAGACUGAAGAGCUGGUCCUGGAGGAGGUGGAGGUGUUCAAGGUUCCUACUCCUAUUACGACAAUGAAGAUCUCAUCAAAAAGGCAACAGCUGUAUGUCUCUUCAGGGAUGGGAGUGACGCACCUGGCCCUGCACCGCUGUGACGUGUACGGGGAGGCCUGUGCUGACUGCUGCCUGGCCAGAGACCCCUACUGCGCCUGGGACGGCAAGUCCUGCUCCCGGUACUCUGCCUCCCAGAAGAGGUCUGACCCCUUUAGAAGAAGCCGGAGGCAAGACGUAAAGUACGGGAAUCCCAUCCGCCAGUGCAGAGGCUUCAACUCCAACACCAAUAAGAACACUCUGGAGAUGGUACAGUACGGGGUGGAGGGCAGCAGCACCUUCUUGGAGUGCCAAGCCCGCUCCCCGCAUGCACUCAUCAAAUGGCACCUGCAAAGGGACAACAGUGACCGCAGGAAAGAAAUGCGUUCUGACGGGCGUGUGAUGAGGACAGAGCAGGGCCUGCUGCUGCGCUCCCUCCAGCCCUCUGACUCAGGCGUGUACCAGUGCUCGGGCACAGAGAAGAACUUCAAGCACACCUUGGUCAAGCUGCAGCUGGUAGUGCUGUCCAGUCGCGCCGUCAACAACGUGCUGGUGGAAGGUGGAGGCCUGGCACCAUCUCCACUCGGGGCCAGCUCUUGGACCCCCAGCGCCGGCCAGUACAAGGACCUGCUGACCAUCCUGAGCCAGCCUGAGAUGGGCCUCAUCAACCAGUACUGCCAGGACUACUGGCAGCAGGGAGACCCCAUGAUGGGAGCCAUCAAGGCCAAAGACCUGAAGGAGCUGAAGGAGCAGAAAAAGCCACGCAACCGUCGGCACCAUGGCGAGGGGGGCGAGGAGGAGGAGGAGGAGGAGGAGGAGGAAGAGGAGGUGGAGACAUGAGUAGGCCUUGGACUACCUAUAAUCCCUACCCACCCUACCCCAUGAAACGGGGAGAGACUCAAUUUGAGAGUGACAUCAUGAAAGAAAAUCAAAAACACGUGAGAAAAAAUGAACUGAAGAGAAGCAAGAGGCAUCCAAACAAACCCCACACCUCCCUUUACCAAUAAGAUAUAUGAUACACAGUAUUUAUUGUAGGUUGUAUAUAGUAUCAUUCUGUGGAUUUCUUUGUACUUAUAGAAAAUGCUCUUUGUGUAUAGGUACCUUUGGGGCAAAUAUUAUUGUUAUUAUUGUUAUUAAUUUUAUUGUUGUUGCUGUCAUUGCAUAAUUCUCAUCCUUCCAUCAUUAUGAAAUGUGUGGAAUGUGUUAACUGGCAUGCAAAAUACAAGUCACUACAAGUCAUUGUAAAGAUGGAAAUGACUGGGGAAUGGGGCUGAUGGGAUUUGUAUAUUUCUUGUUUCUUGUUUGCUGUGAUGUAAUGUCAGGACUCAUUCUGGGUUCUCCAGGACUUUCAUUGACAAACUCACCACGGCUGCAUGUGGACUGUAACACAGGAAACUCUAACUAUAUGCCCCUCCUCCAUUUGAACCCACAUGUCAAAUACCAUUAGUUUGAUACACUUGCUGUGUUUAUCAGCUCUUUUAAGACCUUGAUAGUAACUAAAGUAGCAUUGUUUUCUGUCACUGCCAGUGGAACUUUGUCAAAGGCCUAAUUUCCAGAGCUUAACUAAUAGAUAAAACUAAAAUUGACAUCCCCUUUCUGUAGCCACCGUUGUUAGUUGUGGUAUUAAAUGAAAAAGGAAUCCUAAGUAAAAGAACGCCGGAUGAUGAUAAAUUAACCAUCAUAAUUAAAUAUAUUCAGCUUCGCAUCUCAGGAGACUAAGUGUGAGGUGCAAAAAGGGUUAUGGUUUUACAUGUUUACGGGCAUUAUUUUCUCCUUCAAAAGACUGAACUGGAUCUUGGGAAGGUAAGAUAUUGGAAACACUGGCCAGAAGAAAACACAUAUUUCAGAGUAGUUCAGUUUGAGAUUGAGAUGACCAGAUAAUGAUUUGACCGGGCAGCAUUGUUAGUUCUGAGUAAAGGCAGCCAUCUCUUUUUUAUAUGCAUUCACAUAUUUUGAUCCUUUGAUAUUAACGUGAAAAAAGAAUUGUCCUUACACAACAGAGCAUUGUAACAAUGUUGUGACACUAACCAAAAUUUUGGGAAGCUGGCUUUUCAUUGUGUGCAUGGAUAAAUGUAUUUGUUCUGUAAUUCUAAAACGUAAAAGCAAUGUGUAGUUCUCCUGUUCUUGAAGCGUACUGUAUGGUCAAUGUCAACUCCAGGUCUGAAACACCGAGAAACACAAUAGAUGAGCACAACUCCUUAACAGGAUGAUGAUGAUGAUGCGCUCUCCUCCACUCCUAACUAUGGGACAGUAUUCAUUCCCAGAAUAAACCAGACAACCCCUGUUCCUCUUCACCAGGUUACAACAGGGUUUUACAGCGAAAUGAAAAAAGGUUGUACAAUUUGUUGGUGUUUUUAAGAUGUGUCUUUAGUUUUUGAGUUUUUUUGUAUUUUGUUAUUUUUUGCAUUCAGUUAUCAAUCCUUCCUGAAAAAAAAAACUAAAUGCACAGAGGUGACGUUAUUGUAAUGACUUGUGUAAAUUACUUUUCCUUCCCUUUCCAUUGUGUUGCUAACUAAUAAAUUAAAGCUCUAUAUUUUAUAAAAAUGGAA